AUGCGUUCCCUCUCCGCCCUUCUGGCGGUCAUCACCGCAGUCGCAGCGCAGCAAGCCGGCACCCAACAGACCGAAACCCACCCCAAGAUCACUUGGCAGAAGUGCACCUCCUCCAGCUGCUCCAAUGUGAACGGCGAGGUCGUCAUCGACGCCAACUGGCGCUGGCUCCACGAUAGCUCGGGUGCCAACUGCUACGACGGCAACAAGUGGACUAACAAGUGUAGCACGGCGACCGACUGCGCGACCAAGUGCGCUGUCGAGGGCGCCGACUAUGCUGGGACCUACGGCGCUACGACUUCGGGCAAUGCUCUCAGCCUGAAGUUCGUCACGCAGCACGCCUACGGCAAGAACAUUGGCUCGCGCCUGUACCUCAUGAACAGUGCCACCAAGUAUGAGAUGUUUACUCUUACCAACAACGAGCUGGCGUUCGAUGUCGACCUCUCGCAGCUUGACUGUGGGCUGAACGGAGCUCUUUACUUUGUCCAGAUGGACGAGGAUGGUGGCAUGGCCAAGUAUUCUUCCAACAAGGCUGGUGCCAAGUACGGCACCGGAUACUGCGAUGCCCAGUGUGCUCGUGACUUGAAGUUUGUCGGCGGCAAGGCCAAUAUUGAGGGUUGGGUGCCAUCUUCCAACGAUGCCAAUGCUGGCGUUGGUCCGUACGGUGCUUGCUGCGCCGAGAUGGACGUCUGGGAGUCCAACGCCCACUCGUUUGCCGUCACGCCUCACCCGUGCCAGAACAACGCCUACCACGUCUGCGAGAAGUCCGGCUGUGGUGGCACCUAUUCUGAAGACCGGUUCGCCGGCGACUGCGACGCCAACGGUUGUGACUUUAACCCUUAUCGCAUGGGUGCCACCAGCUUUUACGGUAAGGGAAAGACCGUCGACACGUCCCAGAAGUUCACUGACUGUGGUUCAAGGGUUGUCACGCAGUUUUCCAACAACAAGGUCGCGCAGUACUUUGUUCAGAAUGGCAAGAAGAUUCAGAUGCCCAACUCUGCCAUCAGCGGCGUCAGCGGCAAUGCCGUCACUCCAGACUUCUGCACGGCUCAGUUCAAGGCCUUUGGCGACCGCGACCGUUUCUCCGAGGUCGGCGGCUGGUCCAAACUGAACUCGGCCCUCAGUGGCAAGUGGGUGCUCGUCAUGUCGCUUUGGGAUGACCACUACGCCAACAUGCUCUGGCUUGACUCGACCUACCCACCCGAGAAGGCUGGACAACCUGGUGCUGCCAGAGGUGACUGCCCUACGACCUCUGGUGUGCCCUCCGAGGUUGAGUCCAAGCUUGCCAGCGCCACGGUGACAUACUCCAACAUCCGCUUCGGACCCAUUGGCUCGACCGUCAAAUGA